AUGUUGUUCAAUUGUUAUCAGCGAGCUCAUCAGAAUUCGCUAGAAUCUCAACCACAAGUUUUAUUCAUGCUCGCUGUCAGCGGUCUCAAAUAUCCCUUGAUUGCAUCAAUUGCGGGCACAAUCUUUGUAGCUGGUCGUAUUUUCUAUGCGCGUGGCUACCAGACUGGUCAGCCUGAAAAUAGACAACGUGGUUCAUUUGGUAUUUUGGGCUAUUUAACGUUGUCUGGCUUGACAGUUGCAACUGCGUUAAAUAUUUUAAAGUCUUAG